ACAGAUGCGUGGAUGUUUUGAUUACGUUGAAGAACCAUGUCAAAUUUUUGAUAAAUAAUUAAAAAAAUUAAAAUAAAUAAAUAAAUAAAUUAUGGAGAUAGCGAAAUCGUUGUUUAGUAAUCGACCCCACGACGGUUACGUGGGCAAAGAGGAUCAUGACAAAAAAAUUGAAUCAGAUGUUUUAGAAGAAUUCGAUAAUGAUACAAUUUUAUCCGAUAUUGUAGAAGGAUUAACGGUAACAGAUGGUUUAAUACCAAGUCCAGGUGGCCCAUUCAGUGCUUUAACACCAAGCAUGUGGCCACAAGAUAUUUUAGCGAAAUUGGGACAACCAGAAGAUCCAAAUUCACAACCUGACUAUCGAUUCGAUGAAUUUGGAUUUCGGGUUGAAGAAGAAGAUGGUCCCGAACAAAAUUCCAAUAAAUUAUUAGGCAUACCAUUUGUGGAGGAUCCACAACAUCGAUUACAAUGGGUGGCACAUCUAGAAUUUUCACAUAAUAAAGAAAUAUCAGAUUUAACAUGGGAAAAAGUGGAUGUACGUUUACCUCGAACCGAAAAAUUACGUUCAAUGGUUCGAGCUGGUAUACCAAAUUCAUUACGUCCACAAAUGUGGAUGCGAAUGUCAGGCGCAUUGGAGAAGAAACAAAAAUCGGAGAUUAGCUACAAAGAUGUUGUGAAGGCUUCCAGUAACGAUGCACUAAUGACCUCCAAACAAAUUGAGAAAGAUCUGCUCCGAACAAUGCCGACGAACGCAUGUUUUAGUCAUAUGAACAGUACAGGUGUGCCGAGACUUCGUCGUAUAUUACGUGGAAUUGCUUGGUUGUAUCCAGAUAUUGGAUACUGUCAGGGAAUGGGAAUGAUUGUGGGAUCUUUGUUGUUGAUGAUGGAGGAAGAUGAUGCUUUCUGGAUGAUGUGUACCAUUGUUGAAGAUCUUCUACCCGCCAGUUAUUAUAGUCCAACUUUAAUUGGUAUUCAAGCAGAUCAAAGAGUCUUACGUACGCUAAUAUUUAAUUAUUUACCGGAUGUGGAUGAAACAUUAAAAAAUCACGACAUUGAGCUAUCGUUGAUAACGUUACAUUGGUUUUUAACGUUAUUUGCUAGUGUGGUCCACAUGAAAAUUCUGUUACGAAUAUGGGAUUUAUUAUUUUUUGAGGGAUCAAUUGUAUUAUUUGAGAUAACGUUAGCAAUGUUAAAAUUAAAAGAACCCGAAUUAAAACAAUUAGAAAAUUCCGCCCAAAUAUUUAACGCGUUAUCCGAUAUACCUGGUGAUAUAGAUGAUAUUGAUAAAAUUUUAGAAGUAGCACAAAGUUUAGUAAAUUUUUUAAGCGAAGUAAUGAUAGAAACACAUCGUCGACGGCAUUUAGCAUACUUAAUGGCUGACCAAGGUACACUUGUGGGUAAUCCAGAAGCUGCACCGAAUCUUCCCAAGCAACAUUUAGCAAGACGACAAAUGAAAAAACAAAAAUCAAUGUUUCAAAUGUUAUUUUUCGGAGAUGAGGGCACUGAAGACGACAUUAAAUGUAAAAAUGUUAAGCAAACUGAAAUUUUGGUUGAUUUACGUGAAGCCAUUUUACAGGUGGCAAGACAUUUUAUGGCGGCCGAACCAAAAUUACAAAUAUCCUUAAUUGCCGAUUAUUCAAUGGAAAGUCAUACAGCUGACCAUGACAAUUAUGUGAAUGUAUCACGAAGCCGUAAACGGCGUGCAAAAGCUUUAUUAGAUUUUGAGCGACAUGAUGAUGACGAAUUAGGUUUCCGAAAAAAUGAUAUCAUUACGAUCAUCAGUCAAAAGGACGAACAUUGUUGGAUUGGGGAACUAAACGGUCUAAGAGGUUGGUUCCCUGCAAAAUUUGUUGAAUUGCUCGAUGAACGAAGUAAACAAUAUACAUGCGCUGGUGAUGAUAGUAUCUCGGAAACUGUUACCGAUUUGGUACGUGGUGCGCUUUGUUCAGCAAUAAAACAAGCUUUGGAGCAUGGAAUGAAACGACCGUCAUUUUUAGGUGGACCAUGUCAUCCAUGGCUAUUUAUCGAAGAAGCUGCCACAAAAGAAGUUGAACGUGAUUUUAAUUCAGUGUAUAGUAGAUUAGUUCUUUGUAAAACGUAUAGACUGGACGAAGAUGGUAAAGUUUUAACUCCUGAAGAGUUACUAUAUCGAUGUGUACAAGCAAUAAAUCACUCUCAUGACAAUGCACAUGCGCAAAUGGAUGUUAAAUUACGUAGUUUAAUUUGUUUAGGUUUAAAUGAGCAAGUGUUACAUUUGUGGAUGGAAGUUUUAUGUUCAUGUGUGGAAGUUGUACAAAAAUGGUAUUAUCCAUGGUCGUUUGUAAAUAGCCCAGGAUGGGUUCAAAUUAAAUGUGAAUUACGAAUAUUAUCCCAAUUAUCAUUCAAUUUGAAUCCAGAUUGGGAAAUUCCAGUCAAAAAGGACAUAAACAGCCAACCCUUAAAGGAUGGUGUACGUGAUAUGCUAGUGAAACAUCAUCUAUUCAGUUGGGAUCUUUGAAUUGUUUCGGGUACAACCAUACAAUUGAUGGGGUAGUAAAAUCCUACCUUGUUUUCACCACCGAAAUAAUUAUCUAUAAAAAUAUAGUAGUCUCGCUGCCAUUCCUAUAAUUCUUCCAUGAAACUUUUUAUUUUUUAUUUAAAAAAAUGUUUUAAUAUUUUAAACGAAACAUCUCGAAAUCUGUUCGAAAAAUAUUAAACCGAUUAGUAUUCGAUUAAAUUUCGGCAAAAAAGUUUUAUUAGUAGAAAAAUCAGUGAUCAUUCGUCCAAAAUAUUAUUUAAUACAAGACUGGACUUUGAUUUUUGGCGAACAUUUAAUCCAAUACUUUUUAUUAAAAUAUUCGAUAACUCGAUCUUGAUCUCCAAACAAUAAGAUAAAAAUUUUUCAUCAAAGCUGCGGUCAUACGAUGUUUCCAUUUCAACGCACGUUUGCUAAUACGUGCGUUGAAAUUGACGUUCGAGUAGACAGCUGAAUUUAACACAAUGCAUUGCAAGGUUAAAUAUGUAAACACGGGGCUGUUUGCAAGAACGGGGAGAAGGGACAUUUUAUAAGAUUGAGAUUCAGAUAUACGUAAUAUUUUAAAUCAAUAAAUUCUUAUGACUUUAAAUUAGUAAUAGAUGGAGGUAAUGAGCCUAAUGAUUUUACCAAAUAAAACGUAUUUUAAGGAAAAUCAUCUGAAUUGAUAGAUCAUUUAUCGAAUAUUUUAAAGGAGAAACUACUUUAAUGAAAUAAAAGGGGAAAUUCGAUUUUUUUUUUUUAACUA